AUGGAUGGAGUUUCUCUGGCGGAGUCUUUGCUGUACAUGGAUAUCGGAGAGGCACAAAGAUCAAUUAGAAGCGAAUGUGGUAUGGAAAUCACAACCAAACCAUUACAAAAGCAAUUGUACAGUGACCAUGAUGAGCAAAAUCAAUUCACCUCGCUAAUCAAGAACUUUGAACUGCAACCAGUUCAUUGCAAAGAAUUAUGGAAUGAAAACAAUAAGCAUCCAAGUAAUAAGUGUAUACGUCGAUUUCAAAAGUUUCAAGAUCAACUUGAAAAGUAUUUAAAAGAAGGCAUAAAAAUUGAAUCCAUUUUGGUAAAUAAUCUUGACAAAAGUUCACACAGUGUCAUGAAAGAAAGCCAUUUUCAGUGUUGUCAAGACUUUACAAAUAUACAAACUUGUAUUAAUUCUUUAUACUCUACAACACUUUAUGUCAUACAACUUUUAAAAAGUAUACAAGAUGUUUAUUCAAUUCAAAUUCCUGUUUAUAUAUAUUCAACAAUUCAACGUCCUUUAAAUUUGAUUCGAGCUUUUCAAGGUGAUGAAGGAAAUUUGUUAAAAAUGAAUUUCAGCGACGAUGUAAUUUCAUGCUUAUAUGAAAAGCUUACAGAUCAGGUGAGAACAGCUCGAACAGCUCUGUGGUCAGCUUACCAGUUAUUCAGUUGUAGUGAAAUAAAUGAUAUCACGAGUAAAUUAAUGAAUCAUAUGAUUGAUUCUGUCGCAAAGCAUCUACUGCCAGUGAAGGCAAUGACAAAUGAGACGACAAGAAGUGAUGAAUUAGCACAAUUCAAUAAUAAAUUACUAUCGUCAUCGUCAUCAUCAUCAGAGAUUGAUACCUUUUCUAGUCAAAUAUUAUCAAAGAAUCCAGUUGACUCUGUGCAUAAGGCAUAUUCCUCAUCAGCAGGGAAUGAUAAUAAAUGGCCUAUGUAUACAACACCGAUGAGUGGUCAACCGAUAAUAUGGUCAGCUACAUCUUUACCAUUUUAUCAACGUUCAAUAAUUCAAGGUCAUACUUAUCAUCAAGAAAAAGUAAACAAUUCAAAUGAAAGACUACGAAAUUUAAUCAGUAAUCAGCAUAUAGGAGGAGGACGAGGAGGACAAGUGUACGCGAAUUCCACAUUUAUGCUUUCUCAGUCUCUUCCUAGGUCAAUACAACCAACUUUACUGAUUACAACAACACCAUCAUUAAUUUCUGGUAAUAAUUCAUCACGUUAUCCUUGUCAUCCGGCUAAUUCACAGCAUCCUCAUCACCUUCAGCAGCAGCCACCACAGCCGCCACAGCAACCACAUCCGCAUCAUUACUUUCAGCAUCAGCCUACUUCUUCUGUUGGUUCUGUUGAAUCAUGUAAUAAUCAUGACAUGUUAUUGUCUACUGGUUUUUAUAAAAACUGUAUGUAA